CCUCCACUGCGUCCGAAAUUUUUCUGAGUCGAUGCCAGUCCUCGCCGCACGUCGCCCUUGUGAAUCAUGCUAUUGACCAGGGUGACUCGAGGUCCGCUCAAAAAAUAGCUAUACCUCACCUUGCCUUUGUUCUUCCUUUCCAUUCCUCCUCUUCCGUUCAUACGAGUACAUCUCAUUCUCCCUGCCCACAUCCUGUAGCCUCUCGUCUGCUCAUCUUUUGUAACCAACUGUCCUACGUCCCUCUCUCUCACCAUGCCCGCCGUCGACGCUCCAGCCCACGCUCCCGGCGAGGACGUUCGAGUCCUUGGCUAUGACCCUCUUAUCCCUCCUGCCCUCCUGCAAGCCGAGAUCCCUGCCUCCCAAAGCUCUGUCGAGACGGUCGCCAAAGGUCGUCGAGAAUGCAAAGAAAUCAUCCACCAGCGGGACGACAGACUUCUUGUCAUGGUCGGACCUUGUUCGAUCCACGACCCUGCAACAGCUCUUGAAUAUGCCGGUCGGUUGAAGGAGCUCUCCGAAAAGCUGUCAGCGGAUCUAUGUAUCAUCAUGCGUGCCUACCUAGAAAAGCCGCGGACCACAGUGGGCUGGAAAGGCCUCAUCAACGAUCCUGACAUUGAUGAGUCCUACAAGAUCAACAAAGGCCUCCGCGUCUCGAGACAACUCUACGCCGACCUCACCUCAAUGGGCAUGCCCAUUGCGAGCGAAAUGCUCGACACCAUUUCGCCGCAGUUUCUGGCAGACCUGAUCUCUCUAGGUGCAAUUGGAGCCCGAACUACCGAAUCUCAACUGCACCGUGAACUCGCCUCAGGUCUUUCAUUCCCUAUGGGCUUCAAGAAUGGCACAGACGGGUCACUUUCCGUGGCUAUUGACGCCGUUGGAGCAGCCGCCGCAAAACACUACUUCAUGGGCGUCACCAAGCAAGGUUUGGCUGCCAUAACAAAAACAUCCGGCAAUGAAGACGGCUUCGUGAUCCUCCGCGGCGGCUCAAAGGGCACAAACUACGAUGCGGAGUCUGUCAAAGCAGCUCGUGCAGCUUUGAAAUCCAAGGGCCAGAGAGAAGUCAUGAUGAUUGACUGCUCACACGGAAACUCGAAGAAAAACCAUAAGAACCAGCCCUUGGUCGCUCAAGCCAUUGGCGACCAGUUGCGACAGGGAGAAGACGCCAUCGUGGCGGUCAUGAUUGAGUCCAAUAUCAACGAAGGAAAUCAAAAGGUGCCUCCGGAAGGUGGUCUUACCAGCCUACAAAAGGGAGUCAGCAUUACGGAUGCUUGUAUUAAUUGGGAGAGCACGGUCGAAGUCUUGGAGCAGUUGGCCGAGGCGGUGAGGGCAAGGAGACAAGUCAGAAAGUCCCAACAAAACGGGACAAACGGCGUCUCAAAUGGACACCACUAGAUCUUACAGAUAUUGGGAGUGACGCACUUCCUCUUGCACCCCACUCGCCCACUGCUCUUUCCAACACGGCAAAAAAGCAAAACAUUUGAAAUCAACAUGCGGGCAAUGAGACAUUUGUGCCCGAGAUAUGCAUUCCGCUCUCCAUUUACGGCGUUGAUGAAGGCUACGAAAAUCAUAUGCAUGCGGUCCGGGAAAGUAUGGAGCUGGAUGGGUCGGAACUAAAAGAAGAUUGAAGAAAUCAACCACCUCCUUACGUGGUGUAGUCAAAGCGGUAGCAUAUGCUACCUCAUCUACGGAGCAAAGAAGAACAUGGAUAAGAUACAUUUCUUUUCCACUUUAGGGCUGUCUCAACGUCGUCGGAAUGAACUUUGCGUACUCAAGGACAGGCUACACGAAUGCCGGAAUCAGUCUCAACUGGAUUCAGCAUGUGUUCUGAUCCACUGGCCUAAAGACGAGCUGCUGGCCAACCCUGUAUUCUUCUUAAUGACGGAUUGACCCCCCC